UGAUUGGGCUGGUUGAAUCGUGAGGCAGGCGAAAGACUUUGCACUUUCUUGCCCAGCGCUGGCGUGUAUGGACAGGAGGGCUGUCAGUCUGCAGCGAAGCUCCCAGCACCUUCCUCUGAGCUGCUGCGCUCUCCGUCCGAGUGCGGCAUUAAUAUUCAUGAAGGGAAGCCGAGGCUGACACAGAAAGGACCGGAAAAAUAGAGAGGACGGAGAGAGGGGAGAAAACGAAGAAAAAGUUAUUUACCCUGACGUCAAAUGUAAACAAGAUGGCGAAGCGGCGAGAGUGGAGAAGAGGAGGAGAGAAAGAGCAGAGAGUGGGAGUGCCAGCCAGGCUGCAAAUGUGCCGCUGCUCCACUCCGGCACUUAGAGGCAGGCUGUGCACUCAGCCCUGACAACGCUUCCUUUCUUUUUUCUUAUGACCGUCAACUUUUCUUUUUUGUUGUUUUGUUUUUAAAUAUAAAAGACCACUGCACAAAAAGAAAAGCCAAACAAAAUGCGUGAAUCUUUCCAAAAAACGGAAAAGGAAUCGCCUGCAAUGAAAUACAAUAACUUCCUUCAGGUUGUGACAACUUGGAAGAAAAGGAGCCAGACUUGAGUUUCAGUUGGUGACACACUAACUGGUUUGAAGAGGAGCAGGAAAAAGACAUUUGUUCUUGGAGGGGGCGGGGAAGAGAGAGAAAAAAAAACAAAUAUGAAUUUUUGCUCUUUUUAUUUAAAGUUAUUCGUUUUUUAAAUGACUAUUUGAACAAAGAGUCAGCAGUUUGCUAUGGUGGGGUAGGUUGCUGGAGCCGAGGGCUGUGCUUGGAGUGUAGGUAGACAGGUGGGAUCCCCUCCUGUCUGGGUGCAGGAGGGGGGGGGUUUGUGUUGCUGCUGACCAUGGCUGGGAGGGCUCGUAGACCAUGGCUGAGUGUUGUACUGGGGCUGGUGCUGGGCUUCACCGCCGCUUCGUGGCUCAUCGUCCCCAGGGUGGUGGAAAUCAACGGCAAGAACAAAAAGAUCUUCAACAUCUGCUCCUCGUUGCUGAACAGGGCAGGAAUUGGACGGGCGAUCGGUGGAAGCAGCAGCAGCAGCUCCAGCUCCAGGAGCCUGGGCUGGCACAAAGACAAUCUCCUGUUCAGCAAACUGCCAAAGGAAGAGCAGACCCAAGAGGAGGAGGAGGAUGAGGAGGAGGAAGGUGAGGAAGCUGCGAGGGGGGGCAAUGGCUACCGAGCCAGCAGCAGCAGCAAACAUUUCCUCUAUGUUGGGGUCAUGACGGCCAAGAAGUACCUGGACUCCCGGGCGGUGGCUGCCUACAGGACCUGGGCUUCCUCCAUCCCGGGCAAAGUGGAGUUCUUCUCCAGCCAGGGCUCCCAGAACAUCCUCACCCCUGUCCCCAUUCCCCUGGUCUCCCUGCCCGGGGUGGAUGACUCUUACCCUCCCCAGAAGAAGUCCUUCAUGAUGCUCAAGUACAUGCACGACCUCUACCUGGAUCGUUACGAAUGGUUCAUGCGGGCGGACGACGAUGUCUACAUCAAAGGGGAACGGCUGGAGGAUCUGCUGAGGUCCCUCAACAGCAGCCAGCCCCUCUACCUGGGGCAGACCGGCCUGGGCACCACCGAGGAGCUGGGCAAGCUGGCCCUAGAGCCGGGGGAGAACUUCUGCAUGGGGGGACCCGGGAUGAUAUUCAGCCGGGAGGUGCUGCGCCGGAUGGUGCCGCACAUUGGCGAGUGCCUGCGGGAGAUGUACACCACACAUGAGGACGUGGAGAUCGGCCGUUGCGUGCGGAGGUUCGCCAACACCCAGUGUGUCUGGUCAUAUGAGAUGCAGCAGCUGUUCUAUGAGAACUAUGAGCACAACAAGAAGGGAUACAUUCAAGAUUUGCGCAGCAGCAAGAUUCAUAAUGCGAUAACACUCCAUCCGAACAAAAGACCUGAUUAUCAGUAUAGAUUACAUAACUACUUGCUGACCCGUAAAGUUUCAGAACUACGCCAUCGGACCAUUCAGUUGCAUCGCGAAAGUGUUUCUAUGAGCAAGCUCAGCAACACUGAAGUGCGCAAGGAGGAUCAGCAACUUGGAAUGAUGCCAUCUUUUAUGCGUUUCCAGCCUCAUGACAGGAAUGAGGUCCUUGAAUGGGAAUUUCUGACUGGGAAACACCUUUUCAGCAUGGCGGAAACACAAAUCCCUCGUCAGGGUAUCAACAGUGCGUUGCGUGCAGCGCUGGAUGACACAAUAAUGCAGGUUAUGGAGAUGAUCAAUUGGAACUCUAAGACGAGGGGGCGUGUGAUUGAAUUUAAAGAAAUUCAGUAUGGCUAUCGCAGACUUAAUCCCAUGCAUGGAGCAGAGUACAUCAUGGAUCUGUUGCUACUUUACAAGAAACACAAGGGGAGAAAGGUAACUGUUCCCGUAAGACGCCAUGCCUACAUUCAACAAUCUUUCAGUAAAGCAUUCAUGAAGGAAGCUGAAGAGCUUGAUGCCAGAGAGCUUGCAGAAAGCAUAAACAGCGACUCUCAGUCUUUCUCAUUCCUUUCAAACUCACUGAAGAUCUUCUCGCCAUUCCAAUUCACAGAGACCACCAAAGAGUUUAAGCCACGCAAUGACCAGAAAGUUCACAUCCUAGUCCCUCUCACUGGAAGGUAUGAUACAUUUGUCCGGUUCAUGGAGAACUUUGAGAAGACUUGCCUUAUUCCAAAGCAGAAUGUAAAACUAUUCAUAUUGUUGUUCAAUUCUGAUUCAAUCCCAGAUAAAGGCAAGCACAUGGAGUUAAUGAGAGAACUUAACCUUAAAUAUCCUAAAGCAGAUAUGACCAUUCUCCCUAUGAAAGGGGAGUUCUCCAGGGGUCUAGCCCUAGAAAUGGGCUCCUCUUCUUUUCAUAAUGACAGUUUGCUGCUCUUCUGCGAUGUCGACUUAAUUUUUUCUCCAGACUUUGUGCAACGAUGUAGAGACAAUACAAUUCAGGGAGAACAGGUUUAUUUUCCUGUAAUCUUUAGUCAGUAUGAUCCAAAAAUAGUUUAUGGUGGUAACCCAGUAAAUGAUAAUAACUUUGUUUUCACAAAGAAGACAGGUUUCUGGCGGGAUUAUGGCUUUGGAAUCGUUUGCAUAUACAAAAGCGAUUUAUUGCAUGUUGGUGGGUUUGAUACCUCCAUUCAGGGUUGGGGAUUAGAAGAUGUGGACCUUUUUACUAAAGUGAUCUCUGUUGGCUUGAAUGCCUUUAGAAGCCAGGAAAUUGGGGUUGUUCAUGUUUACCACCCUGUUCACUGUGAUCCUAAUAUAGAUCCUAAGCAAUAUAAAAUGUGUUUAGGGUCCAAAGCAAGUACAUUUGGAUCAACAAUGCAGUUGGCUGAACUCUGGCUUGAAAAACAUCUAAAUGGUGGAUACAACAGAACUAUAUCCUGACAUUCAAGCUCUUUAUCUCACUCUCUCAAAGGGUUUUACCUCAGAUUUUUACAUUGUUAUGCUUAUGUUUCCCAGUCGCCUCUUCCAAAGAAGAUUUUCAAAGCAUUAAGAAAAGGUGAAUUAAGCUGAUGAAUAUUUUAGCAUCCAAUGGAAAGUGCUUUGAAAGUGGGUUAUUUUGAUCUUUUUGCCUAAAACUGGGGAAAUUCAGAACACUUGAGAGUACUGUCAAUCAUAUUCCUCCUACAGGCUUUUGGAAAAGUGCUUCACGUGUCAGAAUCUGAACUCAAAAGUUAAAACUGAUGCGAUGGAAAUAAUGCCACAAAAGUGCUUUAAGCUUCAAGUGGGAAAGAACUAUUCUAAACUUUUUAAUUUAUGUUCAGACUUUAAAAUUGUUGACUUUCACCAUCUGCAGUAUUUUUUAAAACUAUGUGAACAAAUGUAUGAUUGUAUGUUUGCUUUUAAAAACUUUUAUGUGGGAAUAUAUUCUCACGAGAUUACAGGUACUGGUGACCAAGCUCUAAAUGUCUGAAAAUGUAUGUAUUCUGUAUACUGUGUACAAUGAGUUUAGAUGACUCCUGGUUUCUUCAGUGGAAACAUGCUGCAAGUAGGCAUGUCUCUUCAUUCUUUUAGCUUUGUGUCCUUAAAUGCCCCUUCAGUUUGCAGCUUAGAACAAAUCAUCUGAGAACACUCCUAUUUAUAAUAAAGUAUCUGCAUAAACAUUA